UUCAAAAACGUUCGGACGCCGCGGCACCGCGUCGAGUUCGGAGCGUCGCGACGCUCUGAAUUCGAAUCAGUAUCGCCCUGACCACGCGCCGCGACGCGAACGCGCUCCGUAAAGUGCGGUACCUACGUCCUCGGCUGUGCUCGUAUUCCGCGUUUGUCGAAACGUUUGUUUUAAUUUUUUCGUUUUUCUCUUCCCCACGUCAUCCCCGCACGAAAAUCGCGCCCUCCGCCUACCUCGGCGCGGAGAACCACGGAUGAAACUAGGAAAACGUCGGAGCGAAAACAAAAGAAUAACGGAAUUGUUCGAGGCCACGUAAAGGCGAAAAUUAUUUUCGAAAUAAGAAAAGUUGGAGGAGGAGUUCGCGCGGCGUCACGAAAAGCAGCAGCGUUUUACACGAGCCGGGCCAUAUUCAAUUUCUGAAUUAUGCGCAGACUUCGGCAGGGGUCAGGGGCAUUUUAGAGACGAUGGAAAUUCACCCCGAUCCGCACAGAGGAAUGCUAAAGAGCGCCCUCUUCAAUUUACAAAUUACGAUCUCCGACUAGAAGCUCCGAGCAGCAGCAGCAGCAGCAACAGCAGCAGCAGCAGCAACAAAAUCAGCCCUCACUGGUGUACGACGCGGUACAUAUAUCUAUACGACGUAACAAUUAAAAAGCAAUUACGAAACCGGCUCAAUGUAACGAAACAUUCCUAAUUCAUAAACUAUUAGAUGUACUAUAGAGUGGAAAGUGCAAAUUACGGAUUUCUUUUUCCGCCAUCUUUUUUUUUUUUUUCUUCUCAGUGUUUCUCACGAAACCGGACUAUAGCGUGCGCGCGCGUGCGUGUGUUUGUUAAUUUCGAAGCAACGUCGAAGUGCACGAAAUUAACAACUCUGCGAACAAAUCAGUAGGUAAAGCAGAUCGAAGAACGAACGAGAAACUCCGACUGCAAAAAAUCCAAAAGUGCGCAACGGCGCGUAAUUCGAAAAUGGAGGAACAGGCGGAAAAUUGAAAAGCAACAAAACGAAACAAAAAGAAAUAAAAUAAAACAAAACAAAACAGAUCCUGGCAGAGGGGAGGGGGAGCGAACGAGCGAAAGAAACUGAAGGAAGGAGGAUCGAAUCGCGGUGAAGAAAUGGCGGAUUACGAGAGAAUUCGCUUGGUUAUACUGGGGGGUGCGGGGGUGGGAAAAAGUGCGAUCGUCAGACGUCUCCUCGGACAGGGAUUUACGGAGAGGUAUAAAGCGACCGUCGAGGAUCUCUACUCCAGGGAGUGCGUGCUGGGAACGUUGACCCUGAAAGUUGACCUCUUGGACACCGCGGGGGAUCUCCAGUUCCCGGCGAUGAGGAGACUCUCCAUCGCCACGGCGCACGCCUUCCUUCUGGUUUACGCUUCCACCUCGCAACCGAGUUUCGAAUGCGUCAAAAGAUGCUUCGAAGAGGUCAGAGAGCAGAGAUCGGAUUUUCAGGAGGUGCCGAUCGUAGUGGCGGGAAACAAACUCGACCUAGCCCCGUCCCGACGAGAGGUUAGAAUAGAGGAUGUCAGCGAGUGGCUCUUUUGCGAAUUGCCUAAACUGAGGGCGAAGGUGAUGGAGUGUUCGGCCAAGGACGACUACAAUAUAAAGGAGCUUUUUCGGUGCUUUAUUACGCUCUCGAGAUUUCUGCCGAAAUCAACCGCCGGAGAUACCGACGAAUCUGGUCUGAGAAGAAGGUGCUCCGCUUACGGAUCCCGCAGGUCAGGGUCGCCCGGAGGAAGAACGGGAAGCGCGGGUUCCGGUUCCGGAGGUCAACAGCAGCAGCAGCAACAGCAACAACUCCUGGCGGCGCACGGAUCAACGGUGGUCGCCAUCGCGGAGGAGGUUAAAAGUAAACCCAGAAGUCGAAGUCUCAUCCGAAGAGCUUCGAGGAAAACGAAGCAACAAAUCAGAGACGCGCACGCGGACGACUGCAAUAUAUCAUAAAUUCCAUGCCGUUGUCUGCGCUCCGCGCGUUCAUUCCGCCCAAGGAAAAAGCGAAGAGGCCGAGACGUCCACCCCGAUAAAAGCUCAACAUUGACCGGUCGCUUAGGAAAAUGGCGUCGAUUGCAGCAGCCGCUGGAAGAAAAAAAGGCGGCGAUCGAGGAAGACAUAAUUCUUACGGCAGAGCGCGUACGUCGAAACGUGAAUCUAACCUAUACCCAACUGUGCGCGUGCGGAAUGAAAGAAAUUAUAUAAUUUAUAUGAUAAAAAAAAAAAGAAGAAUUUCGAACGAAAUCGGUGUUUACGCCUAUGAAAGCGCUUAUAAUGAAGAUCAUCACGUACGCUGAUAUAUUAAUAACGAUAUAGUAACAGUAACGGUAAUAUAUAUCAAUAUUAUAUAUGAAUAUUGAUAAUACAUAUAUGUAACGAAUACACGGUAUAUGAAAGAUUGGUUUUUUCAAAAAAUAAGGGCACAAAAACAAAACAAUAUACAAUUAUCAAAUAUAACCUGAAAAACUGUAUAAGAUAUUUAUCACACCCAUAUCGUAUCAACGUUUAUUAUAUAUAUGUAUACCUCGUAUCGGGUGAACAAAAAAUCUCGAGGCUUGAGUCGAAAAAUAUUUGAAAAAAAAUAAAUAAAUUUAAAAAACAUUUUGAAAACAUUAAAAUAGCGCUCUAUGAUAAUAUAUAGUUACAAAUAAUUAAAUAAAAAUCGUAUACAGCUCAAUUAAAACCAUUAUAUACACGUAUAAUAUGUAUACAUAUAUACAUAAUAUGUUGUACCUAUAUAGUACAUAAGUGUCGUAUCCUAUAAAUGUGAAAUUUUAUAAAAUUUAUUAUUAUAUAUAAUUGAUAAUUAUUGUUGUUGUUGUUGCUGUUCUUGUUGUUAUUAAUAUGUUGACAUUGUGAUUAUAUCACAUAAUUAUCGAUAUUAUAUUUAUAUUUAUAUUGUUGUUGUUAUUAUUAUUAUUAUCAUUAUUUUCGUUAUUAUCAUCGCUAUUGUUUUUAUUGUCAUUAUUAUUAUUAUCAUCAUUGCGAUCGUGGAGUGGCCGGAAUAAGAAACCACUGUUUGUUGAGAGAAAAAAAGAGGAAAGAAGAAAAAAAUAAAAUUCAAUGAAAAACCGACUAAAAGUUACGUGAAAAAAUAAUCCAAUGAUGGGGCAAGGGGGGGAGGGGGAAAUCAAUUAGGGUUAAUGUCAUAAUACCUGAUCAUCGAUUGAUUCUCAUUUUAUCACGAAGUAUUUAUAUCUAUUUAAUGAAAAUUCCAACGCUUAUGUAUAAUAUGUUCAUUACAAGUACCUAUACAUAUAUAUCAUAUAUAUAUAUACAUGUUUACGAUAAAGGUAGAUAGAUAGGUAGAUAGAUUGAAAUGAUUAAUAGUACAAUUUAAAUCUAUAUAUAUAUAUAUAUGAUAAAUUACCUGCAGAUAUAGUAAACGAGGAUAUUUAUAUACGUAUACAUACAUAUAUAAAUAUAUAAAAAUAUUAUUUAUAUACCCGUACGUGAAUGUUUUCAUGAAAAUCUAAAUAGGUAUAUGCGGAUACCUAUAUUAUCUGUAUGAUCAUCAUUCCGAUCCAAAGAAAAAAAAAUUAAGAAAACUAGAUCGAUAAUUAUAAAAACGACCUGUAUUGUGUAAUAAUUUCGAGCGGGUACCGCGAUUCGUGAAAUUUUUCAUUCGCGUUCGAAACAUGAUUUCAAUAUCGUUAUCGUUGCUGUAUCGCGUGACUACAACGCCGUAAGGGCGUGUGUUAAAAAAAACAACAAAAAAAACCAAAAAAAGAAACACGAGAAUCGGUAUAAUGAUCUGAAAAAGUGAGUCGAAAAGUGAGAAUAUUUUGGACAGUUGAAGACAGAAAUUCGUGUAUUUGAAAAAAAUGAACAAAAAAAAAUUAAACAUCAAAAUUCGAGUAGCUCAAACGAAAUGUGUUCCGAAAACUAACCUUUUCAGGUUACCUUUGUUUUUUUUGUUUUUUUUCCUCAACAUACGACCUCCCGCCAUUAGUCAGUCACGCGAUAUCAACAUCGCAAUUUAUUCGAACUCGUCCCACUCAAAAAUCAAAAUAUGUUCCGCACGAGACGUUUGUAUUCGUCGUAUGAUUUAUGAUUGUCAUUUGUUAUUGUUGUAUGUAUGUAAACACAAGUGCAACGUACGUACUACCGUAUUAUUAUUAUCACAUAUAUAUAUAUACCUAUGUACGUACACAGAAAUUACCGGGAGCAUUAGGAGAAAUAUGAUUAACGAUCAAUCCGUACUCACUCAGUUUGCCGCGACGUAGCAAAUUAUCGAAUGAAACAAAAUAGAAAUAAAUAAAUAAAUAAAUAAAUAAAUAAACAAAAGCACCGCAUUAUCUUGUGAACCUGAAUUUAAUUAAUAUUACAUACAUAUAUACAUACAUAUAUCUUUACCCGUGUUCUUAUGCACGUAAAAUAUAUAACACUAUAUAUUAUAUCCCAUGCAUUAUAUACUAUAUAUCGUGUACAUUAUAAUAUCACGGAGGGAAAACUGAACCGAUGCACAAAAGGGAUUGAUUACGGGAAUCACAUGAUCCAUACACGUAUAUACAAAAUAUAUGAAAAAUAUUAUAUAGGUUAUGUGAAGGCUGCACGUACGCAUACGGUACAUGUGUGAAACCAACGUACGUAUACAUACAUUAUGUUUAUAACCUACGAUUCGUCUAAUUAACAUUUUCGAUAAUAACAAUGAUAAUAAUAAUGAGAACGAUGAUCGCGAUGACGGAACGCAACGUUGAUAGUAAAUUGUAUAAUAAUCACGAUAACAAUAAUAUUUUAUAAAUAACCGUACACCUGCUGUUACAAUCUAGCUGAAAUGGCAAAUUUUUUCACCUAUAUUAUUUCGGGUUUUUAAUGAUUUUAAAAUUUUUUUUUUUUUCCUCUUUUAGUUUCUUUUACAGAUUUUUUUUCAUACCGGUGUUCCAAAUUACCGUAUAUAAGGUAGGAUCGCGACGCCAUGAGUUGAAAUAUGGUAAUAAAUUCAAUCAGUUGUAACGAAUCGAUCGGAAGAAAAUAAUAAUAAUUUACUGUAAAAUGUAUAAUAAUUUAUGCGAGUGUCAUGUGACAGUUGCGUUACACAUAUAUACGUAUUUAUAACGUUAUAUACUUGUAUAAUGACCGUCCCGUAAAAAAAAAAAAAAACAAAACAAAACAAAACAAAUGAAUAAAACCAAAAAGAAAAAAACCAAAAAUGAAAAAACCAAAAAAAAAAAAAAAUUAAAAUUAAAAUUAGGAAGUGAAGACACGUUAAUUAUAAACUGUUCAAAAUAUUAAUUGAAAGUCCCAAAAAAUGAAAUUAUGCGCUUAUAUAUGUAAAUAUUAUGUAUAUGUAUAGAUAACGUAUAAAUAUUUGAUGAUAACGAUGACGAGGACGAUGAUAAUAAUCUUGAUAAUGAUGAUAAUAUAGUGUAUAUCUCAUAACGUUAUCGAUCAUCAUGGAUAUUAUUCAUUUUUAUGACGAAUAUUACUUGUUAAUUAUUAUGCGCAGUGCGUAACGUACGUACGUACACGUAUUAUAAAGAGAUGUUAGAGUUUUUAUUUUUAUCAUUAUUAUUGUUAUUGUCAUUGUAAUUGUCAUUGUGAUUUUUUAUUAGGAUAUUUUGUAACAAUUGGUGAAAUUUGUUAUACGAAUACGAAUAUAAUAUACCUAAAAUAUAAUUCGAAAAAUAAAGUUUUAAUAAAAUAGGAAUAAAUCAUAUAAACUUAACCUCCAAAUCGAUCGAUUUUUUUACUAAAAAAAUAAUAUCUACUUGUUUUCCUGUUUUUUGAUUAAACCUUUUACAAAAUUUCAUUCAUUAGGUGUUCAAUUCAAUUCCAUUUUAUUGCUCCCUGAAUAAUAUCUACACGUACAAUUAUAUUUGUACGUCUAUCUGUGAAAAAAAGAAACAGGAAAAAAUCGUUUCUCUCUUCUCUCAUUAUAUGUCCUAAUUGACUCACGAUAUGAACUCUUGCUAACCUAACCUAAAAUAUCGUCGAGUUAAUUGCACUCGAUUAAUUAAAUGGUCAAAUUUCAUAUUUUCCACCCCUCAGCACUCUCUAGCCGCAAUUACAAUUAUACAGUCAUUUAUAAAGUUAUUAAAUUUUCCGUUCCAACGUUAAAAAUAAAUUAAUUAUUUAACAAAAAAAAAAUAACCUUAUCUAAAUAAUUAAUACAUCUAUUAUACCUACACAUACAUACAUAUAUAUACCUUAUACCUAUGUAUUUAGAAUUACAUAAGUAUUUUACACACAAUCAUAAAUUAGUAACGUUAAAUAUUUUAUAACGAACGUAAUUUUAUUGAAAUUACAACAAGUGGAUCGAUCGGGUAAUUAAUUUAAACGACAUGCAAAGAAAAACAAAAUAAAUAAAUAACAAAAAUAACACCAACAAGAAAAAAUAUAAUAAUUAUCAUCGGUGUAAAUAUAUACUACACAAUACCACAUAAAUAUAUACAUAUAUACUAGAAUACAUACUUGCAAUAUUUUAAUUUUUUUCAGCCGCACUUACGAACUAUUAUUAUUAUUAUUGAUAUUGUGAUCAUUGUUACUGCUAACCUAACCCGGCCCUCGAACCAAAAUAAAAUUCUUCUAAUCUCCAUAAUCAAUUUGAUUAUGCUAACAAACAUAACAACUGAAAAAAACAAAAAGAAAAAUCAUGUAAAACAUCUUAUCAUAUACAUAAGUAUUUGCUGUAAUGAAUAUAGAAAUAUCUUUCCGUCUGUCUGUCUGUCUGUCUGUCUGUCUAUCUGUAUGUGUGAAUAUCGUACAACUUAAUUGCCGGAUUAAUUUUUCUAAUCUAGAAGAAUGAAAGAAACAAAAAAAGGAGGAUAAUUAAAAUCAAUGAAUAUAAAAAAUAGAAAAUUUUCACGUGAAUUGUGUAAUUUGACCAAUUUUAAUGACGAACCAAUAUUAUAUACGUAUAUAUAUACAUAUAAACUAUAUACCAAUUUAAAAUACUAUAUCUGUACACCCAUAUAGGUAUGUGUGUAUUAUCUCGUCUUUGUAUGUGUAUAUACAUAUAAGUAUGUAUGUAUGUACUCCCCAUCUAAUUAUCUAUAUACCUUUAUGUGUACCAGUAGAUCACGGAAUAAUAUUUAUUCGAAGAUUUUGAAAAAUUCUAAUAAGCAUUUACUGUACAAAUGCACUUUAUAUAACUGUCGCUAAUUAUAUAUAUAUAUAUAUAUAUAUCUAUUAUAUAUGUGACUCUCGUUGAAAAAAGAAAAAGAAAAAAAAAAAAGAAAGAAAAGAAAAAAGAAAUACAGAAAAUUAUUCAAAUCCAUGAAUCUUGAUGUCCGGGGAAACCGAUAUAAUCUAUUUGGAAAAUUAUUAUCGAAGAAAAAAUAAUUCUGCAAAACUCGUCUGAUUUCUUCACGCACAACACACGUAAUUUAUACGCAUAAUAAUUUUCGCAACUCUUCCACUCUAAGCUUGUAUCAAUGAAGUUUUUUCGUUGUUCGUUAUUUUUCUUUUCAUUCAAACAAUGUUCGGACAUUUCGUUUUUACCGAUUCGUAAAUGUUAUGUAAUUUUUAUAAGGGUGAUAACAAUCACGGUAUAACGAGGUAUUUAAAAUAAGUUGAAACCUUCGGGAGAUUUGGAGCGAUCGUUGAAAAAAGCAAAAAAAAAAAAAAAAAAAAAACAAAAGAAAAAUAAA